CCCCUUCCCCUUCUCUCCCCCCCUCCCUUCCCUUCUUCCCGACCCCCGCGCCCUGCUCCCGGCGCGGCGUCCAUGGUGGCGGCGUUACCGGAGCGGUUGGGCGGCAGCGGCGGCGAGAGCCGGCGAGGGCGGAGGAGCGGCCCGGCAGGGAAUAAUCAUCAGCCUUACUAAGGAUUGAUUGUGUCCUCCCCAUUGGUGUCCUGCUUUGGUUUGCAUCGGAGAAAGCUUUGACCGUCGCAUCGAGGAGGUGAAGAGUUGAAUGAAGGUCCCUGCUAAGGGGGCACCGCUGGAAGAACCUUUAUGGGCUCCCAAUGAAGGUGGAUGAUUUACUGAUGACAAGUAAGGUCAACAUGGAUUUGUGGCUCUUUCUCCUUCUGCUCGGAAGUGGCCUGAUAAGCGUAGGUGCUAACAACGUUACAACAGAGCCACCCCCAACAGUGCCCACCUCCCCCAGGACCCCCACCAAAGCUCCUACAGCAGGUCCUGAGCUUAGGACUACGACAAGAGCAAACAGCCUCAACAUUAGCACUCCAGUGACUGUAUCUCCCGUGGCCACAAAGCCACCUACAACCACAGCCACCAGGAUCUCCCCUGACACCACCACUGUCAGCAUCAACACCUCCACGUUGGGGACCACCAUCCCUGUGUCUCCAGCCACCUCCCCUCUGCCCAGCGGGACCCCACCGGCUCCAGGCACCACUGUCCCCAGCACAGAAGCAGAGACGACGGAGAGGAACUCCAGUGUGAUGGUGACAACGCAGGAGACCUCUUCUGCUUCACACAACAGUAACUCUGACAGAAGAGAUGAGACUCCAAUCAUAGCUGUGAUGGUGGCCCUGUCUUCCCUCCUAGUCAUAGUAUUUAUUAUUAUUGUGCUGUACAUGUUAAGGUUCAAGAAAUACAAGCAAGCAGGGAGUCACUCCAACUCCUUUCGGUUGUCCAACGGCCGGACGGAUGAUGCAGAGCCUCAGAGCAUGCCGCUGCUCGCCCGCUCACCCAGCACCAACCGCAAGUACCCCCCUCUGCCCGUUGACAAGCUGGAGGAGGAGAUCAACCGCCGGAUGGCAGAUGACAACAAGCUCUUUCGGGAGGAGUUCAAUGCUCUCCCAGCGUGUCCCAUACAGGCCACGUGUGAAGCUGCUUCCAAGGAGGAGAACAAGGAGAAGAACAGAUACGUGAACAUUUUGCCCUAUGAUCAUUCCAGGGUUCACCUGACUCCUGUCGAAGGGGUUCCUGACUCCGACUACAUCAACGCCUCCUUCAUUAAUGGGUACCAAGAGAAAAACAAGUUCAUUGCUGCACAAGGACCAAAGGAAGAAACAGUGAAUGAUUUUUGGAGGAUGAUUUGGGAGCAAAACACAGCAACGAUUGUCAUGGUGACCAACCUGAAGGAGAGGAAAGAGUGCAAGUGUGCUCAGUACUGGCCGGAUCAGGGCUGCUGGACAUACGGGAACAUCCGAGUGUCUGUGGAGGAUGUGACUGUCCUAGUGGAUUACACAGUGCGGAAGUUCUGCAUCCAGCAGGUGGGUGAUGUCACCAACAAGAAGCCCCAGCGCCUGGUGACACAGUUCCACUUCACCAGCUGGCCCGACUUCGGGGUCCCCUUCACCCCCAUUGGGAUGCUCAAGUUCCUGAAGAAGGUGAAGACGUGUAACCCCCAGUAUGCAGGAGCAAUUGUAGUGCACUGCAGUGCUGGUGUGGGACGCACGGGCACUUUCAUUGUCAUCGAUGCCAUGCUGGACAUGAUGCACGCCGAGAGGAAGGUGGAUGUUUACGGCUUCGUGAGCCGCAUCCGGGCUCAGCGCUGCCAGAUGGUACAGACAGAUAUGCAGUACGUGUUCAUCUACCAAGCACUUCUGGAGCAUUAUCUCUAUGGUGACACAGAGCUGGAGGUGACCUCCUUAGAGAUCCACCUCCAGAAGAUCUACAACAAAGUGCCAGGGACCAGCAGCAAUGGCCUGGAAGAGGAGUUUAAGAAGCUCACUUCAAUCAAGAUUCAGAAUGACAAGAUGAGAACAGGCAACCUGCCGGCCAACAUGAAGAAGAACAGGGUGCUUCAGAUAAUUCCAUAUGAGUUCAACCGAGUAAUCAUUCCAGUGAAGAGAGGUGAAGAGAACACAGACUACGUAAACGCAUCCUUCAUUGAUGGUUAUCGCCAGAAGGACUCCUACAUCGCCAGCCAAGGACCACUGCAGCACACGAUAGAGGACUUCUGGAGGAUGAUCUGGGAGUGGAAAUCCUGCUCCAUAGUGAUGCUGACGGAGCUGGAGGAGAGAGGCCAGGAGAAGUGUGCCCAGUACUGGCCAUCUGAUGGCUCCGUGUCCUAUGGAGACAUCACUGUGGAGCUGAAAAAGGAGGAGGAAUGUGAGAGCUACACAGUGAGGGACCUGCUGGUAACAAACACCAGGGAAAACAAGAGCCGGCAGAUUCGGCAGUUCCAUUUCCAUGGCUGGCCAGAAGUUGGGAUCCCUGGGGAUGGGAAGGGAAUGAUCAACAUCAUUGCGGCUGUGCAGAAGCAGCAGCAGCAGUCUGGCAACCACCCAAUCACUGUGCACUGCAGUGCUGGAGCAGGAAGAACAGGCACCUUCUGUGCCCUGAGCACUGUCCUGGAGCGGGUGAAGGCUGAAGGCAUUCUCGAUGUCUUUCAGACAGUGAAGAGUCUAAGACUACAGAGGCCACAUAUGGUGCAGACACUGGAACAGUACGAAUUCUGCUACAAGGUGGUGCAGGAAUACAUCGACGCCUUCUCAGACUACGCCAACUUCAAGUGAAGACAAGGAGGAACCCACCCCGAACCCAAUGCCAGAAGAGUUGCCUUCUUUAAUAUUUUGUAAUAUUCUGUUUGUUAAUAUACCCCUUUCCCCCCCGAAAAAACCACCAAACCAACAAAAUAUGUGUAUAUAUCUUAACUGUUUUAGAGGUUGGUACCAUAAGCUUCAUAUUAGCUGGAGAUUUUCUAUGUAGCAAAGUGUUAGUGCGGAUACUGUGGGCUCCUUUGUUUUCCAAUGUUCUAUUGGGGAAUUAAACAGCGUGCUGUUGGGAUGGAGGUGGUGCCCCCCCCUCUCUGUGCCGGAGAGCUCGGGCAGCCUGGGGUUUGCUUUGUAAAUCUCUCAUGUGUUUUCUCUCUGGAGGGAGUAAAAGCCUUUUUACAAAACCCGAAGGAAAA